AUGCGUCACCAGCCGCGUAGAUCGCCUGCCGUUAGAACGAGGAAAAGACAAGGCGGAGCGCCACCAGCGGCACCGGCAGUAUGUGGAGGAUCAGCGGGAUGGCGUUAUUUGCCGCCCGAAAUGAAAACGAAUGUGUCGGAGUCACACGGCGCAUUGAGUGGAGUUGGACAGCGGGAGGAGUCAACUGUGAAUGGUUCAAAAGGCAAGGCUCGGAUGCUGAUGGCUCCUGUCACGGUGGGGCGCCUGGAACUCGCGCCCCAAAGGGAUCGAGCAUUGCCCUCUUCGGAUGGCAGUCGCGCCACCGGCAGUCCGGAAAACGAAUCCGCUCAGGAUGAAAAGUUGAAAGUCGCUGAGUCAUCGGAGGGCGGUGGGACAGAGGGAGGAGCCCAGCCCCCAACACAGCCUGCCAUUGGGGGGCGAAAAGGAUCACUACCAACAAAACCAGCCGCAGUACCGGGGCGAACAAAUAAGACAAACAGCGGGGGCAGGAACCGCCGCAAGGGGCAGAAGGGUCUGACAGCCGACAUGAAGUUUCAUGGCCAGAGAAUGGCGAGGGUAACGCCAAAACACGAUGUGGGUUUAAACACAACUUCUGCACAAGUACCGGGUGAUGCACCACAAGAAGAAUCGGGAGGAGAAGUUGCAGUAGAAGCAGCUGGUGGAGAUGAGGCAGAAAGGAAAGAAGUUGCAGCACGCCAAGACACCGUGCAGCAUGCACCAUCUCCCGUUUACGAGAGGCCAUCGCAGUCAUCGUCCUUUUCAGAUGGCAGCUUUGCUGCAUUAGAUUGGAAGGAGGAAUGCACCGUGCAGGAGAUUUCCAAACAGCCUCCACUUUCUGACGCUGCAGAGAAAAUAGAAGACCGCCAGCGUGGAGACAAAGCGCCUGCUGCCGAGGCUGACAACAGCACCGCAUUUCUUCCAGCUGCAGAGUUUAACGCCGCCGCCAGCAGCACCACGACCAAUCAUAAUGCGAGCCAUCUGAACGGAGAGGACGACGAACCCUCCACAGAAGAAGUGGAGAAGAAGAAUGCAACAACAAAACCGAAGGUACAUCAGCCGGCACAGUUACCCCCGCAGGCCACAGUGAGGGGUUCAAGAGGGACACCGCCACCGCCACUAACAAUAUACACACAGCUUCGCCUGGCGACAGUGACAGCAGCACCGUAG